AUGCUCCCACGAGCGAACAUACUCAGGGUUCCCACUACUUCACUGGCAAGCAAGGUUGAUAAAACUGCGUCCAGUACAGCUCGAUCAGUUGGAAGUUCUAAAACGAACUCAGCACACAACGACUUUGGGACUGAUCCAAGAAUGCCGAUGCAGAGCCUUGGCGGUUUAAGAAGAGAGGAACGUCAGCUAGUCACCUCCAAUCACUUCCAUUCUAAUCAACUCCUUCUGCCUGAAAGUACCAUCACUUCCGAGUAA